CAAAAAUGCACGCCACCGCAGCCCUCCUCACCCUCCUCCCCGCCGCCGCCAUGGCCUGGGACCAGAAGCUCUGCAACGGCGUCGGCGGGUGCCAGGGCCUGACCUGGAUCAGCGACUUCGGCUACACCUGCCCCUCGGGCGCCCAGAUCGGCAUGCAGGCCACCGCCCACGCCCUGCUCGAGAUCGCCCAGGGCAGUUACGAGUACGUCGCCUCGGACGAGUUCCCGGCCUCGUGCGAGCGCAGCGCCGACAUCCCCGGGCCAUCCGAGACCACCCACCUCGUCAAGCACACCGUCACCGAGGGCUCCGGCAAGGGCCUCACCUUCUACGGCUACAUCACCGACAAGUGCACCGAAAAGGUCGUCGCCACCCCUGGCGACUGCUACCUUUCUAACCCCAACCCGUCCCCAUUCACCCAGUGCCGCGUCACCGAGAAGGACGACAAGACCUUCUGCACCCAGGACCCGGCCCUGAACCUCGGCCCAUAA